CCUUUCUCUUCUCCCCUUGGAUAGCGAAAGCCAAUAGCAGCACAAAGAGUCGAGAGCUCUCUCUCUCUCUCUCUCUCUCUCUCUCUGUCUCUGUGACAGUUUUAUCUUCUUCUUCUUCUCUCCCGCUAACCAAAUCAAUCAAAGGGCAAAAUGGCGAAUCAUCGAAGCUCGCGAAUUGGAUUGAUACGGAGUUUCAGUUUGUCGUUUAGGCUCUUGGCCUCCGCCAUUACGGUUGCGGUGUUUCUCUUCUUCGCUGUCUCCUUCCUUUUCACUUCUCACUCUCACUCUUCUUCUGAUCUCCACCACUUUGGAUUCAGCAGCGUACAUUAUGGAUUGGGAUCCGGGAGAAGAUCCGUACUCGCACUGAAAUCGGAUCCGCUGAAGCCACGAUUGGACCAGAUCCGAAAACAAGCUGACGACCACCGAUCUCUCGCCCUGGCAUACGCAUCCUAUGCUAGGAAGCUCAAGCUCGAGAACUCAAAGCUCGUUAGGGUUUUUGCGGAUCUCUCGAGAAACUAUACCGAUCUCCUUAACAAGCCUGCAUACCGGGUUCUGUUUGAGUCGGAUUCGCUUUCCAUUGAAGAAUCCACGCUACGUCAAUUCGAGAAGGAGGUGAAAGAGCGAAUCAAAGUCACUCGCCAAGUAAUUGCAGAGGCAAAAGAGAGUUUUGACAAUCAGCUGAAAAUUCAAAAGUUGAAGGAUACAAUUUUUGCUGUUAAUGAGCAAUUAACUAAAGCGAAAAAGCAAGGGGCUUUCUCGAGUUUGAUCGCUGCAAAGUCCAUACCUAAAAGCUUGCAUUGCCUUUCUAUGAGGUUAAUGGAGGAGAGAAUUGCACAUCCUGAGAAAUAUACUGAUGAAGGGAAGCCACAGCCACCUGAAUUGGAGGAUCCAAAGCUUUACCAUUAUGCGAUUUUCUCAGAUAAUGUGAUUGCUGCUUCGGUGGUGGUGAACUCUGCAGUGAAAAAUGCAAAAGAGCCCUGGAAACAUGUUUUUCAUGUUGUGACUGAUAAAAUGAAUCUGGGGGCGAUGCAGGUUAUGUUCAAAUUGAAGGAUUAUAAUGGGGCACAUAUAGAAGUGAAAGCUGUAGAGGAUUAUAAAUUCUUGAAUUCGUCUUAUGUGCCCGUGCUUAAGCAAUUGGAAUCUGCAAAUCUGCAGAGGUUUUACUUUGAGAACAAGCUUGAGAAUGCAACCAAGGAUACUACAAAUAUGAAGUUCAGGAACCCCAAGUACUUGUCAAUUUUGAAUCAUUUGAGGUUUUACUUGCCUGAGAUGUACCCUAAGUUGCACAGGAUAUUGUUUUUAGAUGAUGAUAUCGUGGUGCAGAAGGACUUAACUGGGUUGUGGAAGAUCGAUAUGGAUGGGAAGGUUAAUGGGGCAGUGGAGACUUGUUUUGGGUCAUUUCAUAGGUAUGCACAAUAUAUGAAUUUCUCACAUCCUCUGAUCAAGGAGAAGUUUAAUCCCAAGGCAUGUGCUUGGGCUUAUGGGAUGAACUUCUUUGAUUUGGAUGCUUGGAGGAGGGAAAAAUGCACAGAGCAAUAUCAUUAUUGGCAGAAUCUGAAUGAGAACCGAACCUUGUGGAAAUUGGGGACAUUGCCUCCAGGUUUAAUCACCUUUUACUCAACAACGAAGCCAUUAGACAAGUCAUGGCAUGUUCUGGGGCUUGGCUACAAUCCGAGCAUCAGUAUGGACGAGAUUCGCAAUGCUGCAGUGGUGCACUUCAAUGGAAACAUGAAGCCGUGGCUUGACAUUGCCAUGACGCAGUUUAAACCACUUUGGACAAAACACGUCGACUAUGACUUGGAGUUUGUCCAGGCCUGCAAUUUCGGUCUUUAGUCAUCUCAUGCUCCUGCCAAAUCAUAGUUGUGCAACAAAAAUCAAAUCUUUUGAAGCUGCUACUUAUUUCGUUACACGAUCACCAAUUGUUCUUAACAUGGGAAAAAAAAAUCAGCGGCAUCUUUUCAAGUGUAGCAUAUUACUUAAUAUUAAUUCUAGAUUUCGUCUUCAGGUUAUUUAUACGUGUCAAGCAACUAGAAUUUGUGUUUGGCAAGUGUAGCUGUUAAGAAUAUGGCUAUAGCAUUAAAGAAGCUUACGAUCGUUUGUUCUCGCA